CAGCGAGCCGGGCAGCAGAACUGUAUUCAUCACUGGCUGCAGAUAGAGCAGCCCACACUCUCCUGGACUAACUCAUUCAUCAGCUUGGAUUAUUCUUCACUGACCCACAUUUUAGCUCCGCAAUGACAGUCCGAGCCGAAGCUUCCGGACCCACAUUAACGUAUUCAAAGAUGAGGGGAGUUGUUGCAAUACUCAUCGCUUUCAUGAAACAGAGACGAAUGGGGCUAAAUGACUUCAUUCAGAAAAUAGCCACCAACUCCUACCCGUGCAAGCACCCUGAAGUUCAGUCUAUUUUGAAGAUCUCCCAGCCUGAAGAGCCUGAACUUAUGAAUGCUAAUCCUUCCCCUCCACCCAGCCCAUCACAGCAGAUCAAUCUUGGUCCAUCAUCCAACCCACAUGCCACGCCAUCAGACUUUCAUUUCUUAAAGGUUAUCGGAAAAGGAAGUUUUGGAAAGGUUCUCCUUGCAAGGCAUAAGGCAGAAGAAGAAUUCUAUGCUGUUAAAGUACUGCAGAAGAAAGCAAUCCUGAAAAAGAAGGAGGAGAAACACAUAAUGUCAGAGCGCAAUGUCCUGCUGAAAAAUGUGAAACACCCUUUCCUGGUUGGGCUCCACUUUUCUUUCCAGACUGCAGACAAAUUGUACUUUGUCCUUGACUACAUCAAUGGUGGAGAGUUAUUCUACCAUCUCCAGAGGGAACGUUGCUUCCUGGAGCCAAGAGCACGGUUUUAUGCUGCUGAAAUAGCCAGUGCACUGGGUUACUUGCACUCUCUGAACAUAGUUUAUCGGGACUUGAAGCCAGAGAAUAUCUUGCUAGAUUCUCAGGGGCAUAUUAUCUUGACUGACUUUGGACUCUGCAAAGAGAACAUAGAACACAAUGGCACUACCUCCACAUUUUGUGGCACACCUGAGUACCUUGCUCCUGAAGUUCUUCAUAAGCAGCCCUACGACAGGACUGUUGACUGGUGGUGCCUUGGAGCAGUUUUGUAUGAAAUGCUUUAUGGACUGCCCCCCUUCUACAGCAGGAACACAGCAGAAAUGUAUGACAAUAUUUUGAACAAACCCCUGCAAUUGAAACCAAAUAUUACCAAUUCUGCUAGACACCUUCUGGAAGGCCUGUUACAAAAGGAUAGGACAAAGAGAGUUGGUGCUAAGGAGGACUUUAUGGAGAUUAAGAAUCACAUCUUCUUCUCCCCAAUUAACUGGGAUGAUCUCAUUAAUAAGAAGAUUACACCUCCUUUUAACCCAAAUGUGAGUGGUCCGAGUGAUCUGCGACACUUUGACCCCGAGUUUACAGAUGAGCCAGUCCCCAACUCCAUUGGCCAAUCUUCAGACAGUAUCCUCAUUACUGCUAGCGUCCAGGAAGCUGCUGAAGCGUUUCUGGGCUUUUCGUAUGCCCCACCCAUGGAUUCUUUCCUGUGAACAUUUGUUUUCCUUUCUUCUUGAUUUUUAAUUAUCAUAUUGGCCUUCUGGCUGAGCUGCCAGUUGACCAGUCAUCUUGAAACAGAAUUUGCACAUCUCCACCAUGGCAGCUUUGUAGCCUUAAUUUCAACUACACUGUUUGCUGGAUGCUUUUUUUUUUUUGAUCAGCACAUAACUCCUCUAAA